GUAAAUAUUACAGGAACGGCACGGAGUAAAGAAAAGCAGAGUCUCGACUUCCCCCGUUGCACCUUUGCACCAGAAAACACUGGUAGAAGCGACUCGAAAGAACGAAAACGGCGCAUGAGAAUAUGGUCUGGAAAAAUCCGUAAUGUUUCGAGAUAAUUUCUGGGUUGAGGUGGCUGUCUGAAAACUUUGAACAUUUUGCCCUUGUUCUAUUUUAGUUUUGGUUUACGUCGUUUGCCGUUUUUUCUUUUCCUUUGCUCGUAUUGUGCUUCUCUUUCGCCAUCAACGGUGGAAUCAGGGUUGUAGUUUUAUCUAAGGAGAGUGUACGAAGAGGUCUUGACUGUUGAGCGGUUUCAUUUCAUUCUCAACCCCAUUCGGGCUGGAAACUCCGAUGCGGGUGAAAACAUACUUUUUACACAACUGUUGAUUUGAUUGGAUAUUUAGGAUGAAGGAGGAUAUAUUACAGGCAUUGUUGGGGGCGGAUCGGGAACGAAUGGCUUCAUGGGAGUUUCCAGACAACCACACAGGCAUGAAGGGUGUGCAAUUUGGAACAGACUUACAGUAGGGGGAAAGGACAUUGACGGCCUUACAUUAGAGUUGCUAGACUCUACAGAUACCCUGGGCUUGUGUUGGGAAUCGAUGGGCAAGCGCGUGGCGAUGCGAGGGGGGAUUGGGACUCAAGCGUUGGGUAUUGCGGGUUUUUUUUGGUUAUCCUCAGGGCGACGACUUUGGACUGGGCCGAUAGGAAGGAUCCCAGGUAUCAUGCACCCCUUGCUUCGGUGGAUGCUUCGUAGCGUGUAA